GCAUAAAGAGCGGGCGGUGAGGAGUGUAGGCUGAGAUGCCGUCUCCCAAUAUGGGGCCGCGGGGGGUGGUCGCCGAGGAGCUGCUGCUGCUGCUGCUGCUGGUGCUCGGAGCGGCCAAGUCGGGGCCCUCGGCUCCUCUGCGCCGCUACACUCCCGACUGGCCGAGUCUGGACUCCCGGCCGCUGCCGGCCUGGUUCGACGAGGCCAAGUUCGGGGUGUUCGUGCACUGGGGCGUGUUCUCGGUGCCGGCCUGGGGCAGCGAGUGGUUCUGGUGGCACUGGAAGGGCACGAAGGUACCGCAGUACCAGAGCUUCAUGAACGAGAACUACCCGCCUGGCUUCAGCUACGGAGACUUCGGGCCGCAGUUCACGGCGCGCUUCUUCCACCCGGACAGCUGGGCAGACCUGUUCAAGGCCGCCGGGGCCAAGUAUGUAGUCCUGACAACAAAGCAUCACGAAGGCUUCACAAACUGGCCGAGUCCCGUGUCUUGGAACUGGAACUCUCAGGAUGUGGGGCCCCAUCGUGAUUUGGUUGGUGAGUUGGAAGCAGCCGUCCGGAAAAGGAACAUACGCUAUGGACUCUACCACUCACUCUUAGAAUGGUUCCAUCCUCUCUACCUACUUGAUAAGAAAAAUGGCUUCAAAACACAGCAUUUUGUCCAUGCAAAAACAAUGCCAGAGCUAUACGACCUUGUUAACAGGUACAAACCUGACCUGAUUUGGUCUGAUGGAGAGUGGGACUCUCCCGACACUUACUGGAACUCUACAGGUUUUCUCUCUUGGCUCUAUAAUGACAGCCCAGUCAAGGAUACAGUAGUAGUAAAUGACCGGUGGGGUCAGAAUUGUUCCUGUCACCAUGGAGGAUACUACAACUGUCAAGAUAAAUUCAAGCCAGAGACCUUGCCAGAUCACAAGUGGGAGAUGUGCACCUCCAUAGAUAAGCUCUCCUGGGGCUAUCGUCGCAACAUGGUGAUAACGGAUGUUGCAGAUGAAUCCACAAUCAUUUCGGAACUGGUUCAGACAGUAAGUUUGGGAGGCAACUAUCUUCUCAACAUCGGACCAACCAAAGAUGGACUGAUUGUUCCCAUUUUCCAAGAAAGGCUGCUUGCUGUUGGGAAGUGGCUGAGCGUCAGUGGGGAGGCUAUCUACGCCUCCAAACCAUGGAGGGUACAAUUUGAAAAGAACACGACAACUGUAUGGUAUACCUCAAAAGGAUCAGCUGUUUAUGCCAUCUUCCUGUCCUGGCCAAAACAUGGAAUCUUAAGCCUUAAAUCCCCCAAAAGUAGUUCGACUACACAGGUAACAAUGCUGGGAGUCCAAAACAAUCUGAAGUGGUCCAAGGAUCCAGAUGAAAGUCUCCUUGUGUACCUGCCACAGCUGCCACCCUCUUCUCUUCCAGUUCAGUUUGCUUGGACACUAAAACUGACAGGAGUGAAGUGAUCGUUGGAGUUCAAGAGGAAAGGGACCCUGCCUACACUUUGAUUUUCCUCUUACCACACCAUAAUUGUACUAAACUAUUCUUCUCUACUCAGAGAUGGCUUUUCCCACACAUUUUAAUAAAAAGAACUGAAUGCACUACACUGAUGUCUCACAGGAUCAAAGAUCUGAGAUCCAUUGCUAGCAUACCCCUCUCUAAUCAACAGAAGAAGUUAAGCUCUGAAUUCAUCCAUACCUAACUUUGGCAAUUGUCUACAAUGGAAAGUUUCCUCCAUUCUGUGUUUGAUAACCUGCUUGCUUACUAAAAUGAUUUCAGAUCAAGAGUAAGCCAAAGUCGCCCUGUUGCCUCGGGGAGGAGGUGAAAAGAAUUGUCAGCCUCCACGACAUGCUAUUUAUUUCACAUCAAUUUUCCCACCUCCACCCAGGAACUGGUGAGCCUGGAGAGGAAAGAAAAAGCUAUCUAGGUUGCUAAUGGUCAGCUUAUGUUUCCAGAGCAAACUAAGAGUUCUGAAAUUCAGUCUUUUUACAGUGAUACUAUGAAGAAAAUGACUGUGAUUCUGCCCUGCUUUGUUAAAUAUGAUCAAGUAAAUAAAUUUGUAUGUCAAAUCAUUUCUACCAAAAA